AUGAGGAAGUGUUGUCACUCUGUAGACGACAGGUCAGAAGACAGCUGAGUGGCAACGGGAGGACGAGGGUAUAUCUACACAGGUACCAUGACUUUUGAUAUUUGUCAGAGAAGUAUUUUGUACUGUAAAUCAUAACUAUGGCUCAAUCUUUUCUCUUCACGGCUCUCGGGUCUCUCACUUCUAUCCUCUUUAACCUAGCCUCUUGACCAGCUCUAGGUAACUGUAAGCCUGCUCGCUGAAGAACAUGUGCGAUUAAAAUGUUUUGAACAUAAACUGUAUUAUACUGUGUGUGUGUGUGUGUGUGUGUGUGUGUGUGUGUGUGUGUGUGUGUGUGUGUGUGUGUGUGUGUGUGUGUGUGCGUGCGUGCGUGUGUGCAUUCAUGCAUGUCUGUGUGUGUUUAUCAGCAGGUAGUAUGAUCAGUAUGAACAGCAGUACCAGGGAUAGUUGUGAUGCAUCCCAAACCUCCAGUAGCCACGUCCCUGUUCCCGUCCCCGUCCCCGUCCCUGUCCCCGUCCCUGGUAUUACUGGGCCCUACAUCGCCGCCGAGCUACUCAUCGCUCUCCUCGCUAUCGCUGGGAAUAUCUUGGUCUGCCUGGCCGUGACCCUAAACAGGAAGCUACGCACCGUCACCAACUACUUCCUGGUGAGAGGCUGAGAAAUGUGUUACACUGUUAAAAGGUCCCUAUGGGAAGCAGGAAGAUCAUAGAUAUAGAUAGAUAGAUGACUCUAGAUGGAUAAAACCUGUUUUAGCAUGGACGUUGCCGUUCAGGACUUCCACCAUUUUAAAGUUGUCAACUGGGUGGGGAUUCCUAUGGGUUGAGAGCGAUCAGCCAAUGGUCAGAGGAUUGUCUUCUUCAUAUUGGAUGAUUUACGGUCGGUAAAUGGCUUGAAGCUAUAUCACUACCAUCUAGUGGCCACAAAUUAAUGACACACAACAUUUGGUUUAGUACUCCAGCACUGCAGGUGGCGGUAAAUCCCCAAUAUUAGCCUUACGCUUUUUUCAAACACGAGAAGAGAAUUGACUACUUUACAAAUACCAUCGUGACACAGACACAAAGAUCAGUUCUCUAUCUAACUCUGUGGAGAACCCAGGAAAAAAAAAACUCAAAAGGAACUAAUCUCUCCUCCCACCCCUUUCCCAGGUGUCGCUUGCGGUGGCCGACAUCUUUGUGGGCGUGCUGGCGAUCCCGUGUGCCGUGUUGACCGACCUGGGCCAGCCGCGCCACAACCUGCCUCUGUGUCUGCUCCUCCUGAGCGUGCUCAUCGUGCUAACCCAGAGCUCCAUCCUCAGCCUGCUAGCGGUAGCCGCAGAGCGCUAUGUGGCCAUCCUGCUGCCGCUCCAGUACCAGAGGAUCGUGAGCCCCAGGUAGGCAAGCCCCAGGUGGAUGUAGGCUAGCCCCAGGUAGGCUAGCCCCAGGUAGACCACCCAGGUGGAUGUAGGCUAGCCCCAGGUAGACCACCCAGGUGGAUGUAGGCAACCCCCAGGUAGACCACCCAGGUGGAUGUAGGCUACCCCCAGGUAGACCACCCAGGUGGAUGUAGGCAAGCCCCAGGUAGACCACCCAGGUGGAUGUAGGCUACCCCCAGGUGGAUGUAGGCUAACCCCAGGUAGACCACCCAGGUGGAUGUAGGCUACCCCCAGGUAGACCACCCAGGUGGAUGUAGGCUACCCCCAGGUAGACCACCCAGGUGGAUGUAGGCUAGCCCCAGGUAGACCACCCAUGUGGAUGUAGGCAAGCCCCAGGUAGACCACCCAGGUGGAUGUAGGCUACCCCCAGGUGGAUGUAGGCUAACCCCAGGUAGACCACCCAGGUGGAUGUAGGCUACCCCCAGGUAGACCACCCAUGUGGAUGUAGGCUACCCCCAGGUAGACCACCCAUGUGGAUGUAGGCAAGCCCCAGGUAGACCACCCAGGUGGAUGAGGCUAGCCCCAGGUAGACCACCCAGGUGGAUGUAGGCAAGCCCCAGGUAGACCACCCAGGUGGGUAGACCAUACCACCCAGGUGGAUGUAGGCUACCCCAGGUAGGCCACCCAGGUGAAUGAGGCUAGCUAGCUGCUGAUCACAGGCCCAUGUAUUCUCCUGUGUCUGUCCAUGUAUGUGUUAUGUCCUGCAUUGUCCAACACCCAGGACCACAUUGGAAAUAAGUGUUUUUAUGCUUUCAUGUGUCAUCCUCUAGGUUCCUUUGUACUUUAAAAACUGUAUUAAACCGUUCAAAUUGUUUUAUCCAAAAUAAAAUCAAUCAAUCAAUCAGGAACGCCCGUCUGGCCCUGGUCCUCACCUGGUGUCUGGCCCUGCUCUCUGGCUCCAUCCCUCUGAUGGGCUGGCACGGAUCACUGCCACCCUCUGGGUACAUGUUAUAACAUUAUAUUGUUGAACCUUUUUUUCAAUCUUUAAAUCUGUAUUAAAUGUAAAUCUUACAAUCUGUAACUACCUGGUUGUCACCAGUAUAUGGUCUACUUGAACUUUCAAAUUUAAAUUAUACGCUAACUAACUUCUGUCUUAUCUUUAACUUCUAUUAAAAUAAUAAUGUAUUAAAUUCAUCUCUUCUCUUUCUCUGCAGGGCCUGUCUGUUCACCUGCGUGGUCAAUUUGAGUUAUAUGGUCUACUUCAACUUCUUUGGCUGUGUGCUGGUGCCCCUGGUGGUCAUGUUCAUCAUCUACGGUCACAUCUUCGUCACGGUCAGACAGCAGCUCAGACGCAUCGCAGCCGGGAGGGGACCAGCCAGGCCUGAUACCAGGGAUGAUGGGUCUGGGUCUGGGAGCAGAGAUGCUGCGGCUGGAAAGAGGGCUAGGGUUGAGGCUUGGGGUGUUAGUGGGGUAGCGGUGUGGGAAGGAGCUGGGAAUGCUGGGGUGAUGACUAGCCAUGCUAGUGGGUGUGUUAGUGCCGAGUCUGGGUCUGUGGUAGCCAGUGAAAUCAAGUCUGAGUCCAGAGGUCCAGUAAAGACCAGGUGUGGGUCCGGUGGCGGCGAGUGUAAGCGAGCACUGCGUAUGCGUCGUGAGGUGAGGAAAGCCACAUCUCUAUUCCUGGUGUUGUUCCUGUUCAUGCUGUGCUGGCUGCCUAUCCACUUUCUGAACUGUGUUAUGUUGCUGUGCCCACGCUGCCACGUGCCCCUGCCACUCAGCCUGGCAGCCAUCCUGCUGUCCCACGCCAACUCUGCCCUCAACCUCUGCUCUACGCGUACCGCAUGAGGUCCUUCAGACACGCACUGAGGACGCUCUGCUGCACACACACUGUAUAACACACGCACUGAGGACGCUCUGCUGCACACACACUGUAUAACAAACGCACUGAGGACGCUCUGCUGCACGCACACUGUAUAACACACGCACUGAGGACGCUCUGCUGCACGCACACUGUAUAACACACACACUGAAGACGCUCUGCUGCACACACACUGUAUAACACACACGGAGGACGCUCUGCUGCACGCACACUGUAUAACACACACACUGAGGACGCUCUGCUGCACACACACUGUAUAACACACAUAAUGAGGACGCUCUGCUGCACGCACACUGUAUAACACACACACGGAGGACGCUCUGCUGCACGCACACUGUAUAACACACACAUGGAGGACGCUCUGCUGCACGCACACUGUAUGACACACACACUGGACGCUCUGCUGCACACACACUGUAUAACACACACACUGAGGACGCUCUGCUGCACACACACUGUAUAACACACACACUGAAUGACGCUCUGCUGCACACACACUGUAUAACACACACACUGGGCGCUCUGCUGCACACACACUGUAUGACACACACACUGGACGCUCUGCUGCACACACACUGUAUGACACACACACUGAGGACGCUCUGCUGCACACACACUGUAUGACACACACACUGAAGACGCUCUGCUGCACACACACUGUAUAACACACACACUGAGACGAUCUGCUGCACACACACUGUAUGACACACACACUGAGGACGCUCUGCUGCACACACACUGUAUAACACACACACGAUGCUCUGGCACACACGGGGACGCUCUGCGGCACGCACACUGAUAACACACACACUGAGGACGCUCUGCCUACACGCACACUGUAUAAACCACGCACUGAGGACGCUCUGCUGCACGCACACUGUAUAACACACACACUGAGGACGCUCUGCUGCACGCACACUGUAUGACACACGCACUGAGGACGCUCUGCUGCACACACACUGUAUGACACAGUCAGAUAUCUCAGCCAGAGGGUUGUAAAUGUUUAUUUAGCAGACAAACUCUGUACAUUAUGGCAAAUUUAAAAUAAAAGCAAAUUCUUCAAUAACACCAAUGCUUUGUACUCUCUCUGGUCAGUUCUGUGUUAGUCUCAUCAAGUAGUUGAAGUCGUUGAAUUAUUCUGGGUCAGUAAAGUAGUAGUCUCGCGUUGCCAUGCCGCCAAAAUCACGUUCCGUUGUCACGCCUGGUUCUCGAUGAGGCUAGUCAAGUAAAAAUAAACAAGUAGAUGAACGAUCUGAAAACAGUAGCACCGCAGACACAGUUGCGGCCACCAGAUGGUGCUGUUUUACUAAAACCUGAGAUUAUUAGGAUAAAAUGAAAUUAAUGUUUUUUUUCUGAUUCUGAUAAAACUCUAUCACUCACCAUAACCACUAAGAAAAAUUGCAAUAUUGUUAUUAAGAGGCAUAUUAAAUGAAUAUGCAGAAAAUAUUGUGUAUAAAUAAAAGAAAACACAUUUUUUAUAUUAAAUUUAACAGUAAGAUUUUAGACACAAAUACAAGAUGAUUACUUGAUUUAACAGGCAUCAUUACAGACAUUGAAUUGAUCAUAGGUCAUAUGUACAUGAUAUACAGUGUAUAUAUAUAUAUAUGAACAAUCAUAAACCACACACAUAUUUUACAGUGCAUUCGGAAAGUAUUCAGACCCCUUUAAGUUUUUUUAUUUUUUAUUCCUCAUCGAUCUACACACAAUACCCCAUAAUGACAACUCCAAGUGGGGUGUCAUGUGCCUUUUACUGAGGAGUGGCUUCCGUCUGGCCACUCUACCAUAAAGGCCUGAUUGGUGGAGUGCUGCAGAGAUGGUUGUCCUUCUGGAAGGUUCUCCCAUCUCCACAGAGGAGCUCCGGAGCUCUGUCAGAGUGACCAUUGGGUUCUUGGUCACCUCCCUGACCAAGGCCCUUCUCCCCUGAUUACUCAGUUUGGCCGGGCAGCCAGCUCCAGGAAGAGUCUUGGUGGUUCCAAACUUCUUCCAUUUAAGAAUGAUAGAGGCCACUGUGUUCUUGGGGACCUUCAAUGCUGCAGACAUUUAUUGGUAACCUUCCCCAGAUCUGUGCCUCAACACAAUCCUGUCUCGGAGCUCUACGGACAAUUCCUUCGACCUCAUGGCUUGGUUUUUUCUCUGACAUGCACUGUCAACUGUGGGACCUUAUAUAGACAGGUGUGUGCCUUUCCAAAUCAUGUCCAAUCAAUUGAAUUUACCACAGGUGGACUCCAAUCAAGUUGUAGAAACAUCUCAAGGAUGAUCAAUGGAAACAGGAUGCACCUGAGCUCAAUUUCGAGUCUCAUAGCAAAAGGUCUGAAUACUUAUGUAAAUAAGGUAUUUUUUUAUUUAAUUUUUAUAAAUUUGCAAACAUUUAUACAAACCUGUUUUCGCUUUGUCAUUAUGGGGUAUUUUGUGUAGAUUGAUGAGGAAAACAUUUAAUUGAAUCCAUUUUAGAAUAAGGCUGUAACAACAAACUGGGGACAUUUUGUUAGUCCCCUCAAGGUCAAAUGCUAUUUCUAGGGGGUUAAGGUAAGAAUUAGGUUUAGGGUUAGGAGCUAGGGUUAGUUUUAGGGUUAGGAGCUAGGGUUAGGUUUAGGGUUAUGGAAAAUAAGAUUUUGAAUGGGACUGAAUUGUGUGUCCCCACAAGGUUAGUUAUACAAUACUGUGUGUGUGUGUGUCGUAUUUGAGGAUAAACGUUCUCCUGAGGUAUGUCAGCAGGAUCUCUGAAUCAGCUGUAGAGAUAACGUCAUAUACAGCUGAAGGCUGGGGCAAUACCACAGCGCCUUCAGAAAGCAUUCACACCUCUUGACUUUUUCCACAUUUUGUUGUGUUACAGAUUUAAUUUAAAAUUGAUUAAAUUGAGAUUUUGAAUAUCGAUUUCAUCAUGGUGAAGUUAUUAAUUACACUUGGAUGGUGUAUCAAUACACCCAAUCACUACAAAGAUACAGGAGUCCUUCCUAACUCAGUUGCCGGAGAGGAAGGAAACCUCUCAGGAAUUUCACCACGAGGCCAGUUUAUUUAUUUAUUUAUUUUAUUUCACCUUUAUUUAACCAGGUAAGCCAGUUGAGAUCAAGUUCUCAUUUACAACUGCGACCUGGCCAAGAUAAAGCAAAGCAGUGCGAUUAAAAACAACAACAACUCAGAGUUACAUAUGGAAUAAACAAAACGUACAGUCAAUAACACAAUAGAAAAUCUAUAUACAGUGUGUGCAAAUGUAGUAAGUUAUAGAGGUAAGGCAAUAAAUAGGCCAUAGUGCAAAAUAAUUACAAUUGAGUAUUAAAACACUGGCGUGAUAGGUGUGCAGAAGAUGAUGUGCAAAUAGAGAUACUGGGGUGCAAAUGAGCAAAAUAAAUAACAAUGUAAAUAACAAUAUGGGGAUGAGGUACAGUGAGGGAAAAAAGUAUUUGAUCCCCUGCUGAUUUUGUAAGUUUGCCCACUGACAAAAAAAUUAUCAGUCUAUAAUUUUAAUGGUAGGUUUACUUGAACAGUGAGAGACAGAAUAACAACAAAGAAAUCCAGAAAAACGCAUGUAAAAAAUGUUAUAAAUUGAUUUGCAUUUUAAUGAGGGAAAUAUGUAUUUGACCCCCUCUCAAUCAGAAAGAUUUCUGGCUCCCAGGUGUCUUUUAUACAGGUAACGAGCUGAGAUUAGGAGCACAAUCUUAAAGGGAGUGCUCCUAAUGUCAGCUUGUUACCUGUAUAAAAGACACCUGUCCACAGAAGCAAUCAAUCAAUCAGAUUCCAAACUCUCCACCAUGGCCAAGACCAAAGAGGUCUCAAGGAUGUCAGGGACAAGAUUGUAGACCUACACAAGGCUGGAAUGGGCUACAAGACCAUCGCCAAGCAGCUUGGUGAGAAGGUAACAACAGUUGGUGUGAUUAUUCGCAAAUGGAAGAAACACAAAAGAACUGUCAAUCUCCCUCGGCCUGGGGCUCCAUGCAAGAUCUCACCUCGUGGAGUUGCAAUGAUCAUGAGAACGGUGAGGAAUCAGCCCAGAACUACACGGGAGAUAUUGUCAAUGAUCUCAAGGCAGCUGGGACCAUAGUCACCAAGAAAACAAUUGGUAACACACUACGCCGUGAAGGACUGAAAUCCUGCAGCGCCUGCAAGGUCCCCCUGCUCAAGAAAGCACAUAUACAGGCCCGUCUGAAGUUUGCCAAUGAACAUCUGAAUGAUUCAGAAGAGAACUGGGUGAAAGUGUUGUGGUCAGAUGAGACCAAAAUUGAGCUCUUUGGCAUCAACUCAACUCGACGUGUUUGGAGGAGGAGGAAUGCUGCCUAUGACCCCAAGAACACAACCCCAACCGACAAACAUGGAGGUGGAAACAUUAUGCUUUGGGGGUGUUUUUCUGCUAAGGGGACAGGACAACUUCACCACAUCAAAGGGACGAUGGACAGGGCCAUGUACCGUCAAAUCUUGGGUGAGAACCUCCUUCCCUCAGCCAGGGCAUUGAAAAUGGGUAGUUGAUGGUUAUUCCAGCAUGACAAUAACCCAAAACACACGGCCAAGGCAACAAAGGAGUGGCUCAAGAAGAAGCACAUUAAGGUCCUGGAGUGGCCUAGCUAGUCUCCAGACCUUUAAUUCCAUAGAAAAUCUGUGGAGGGAGCUGAAGGUUCGAGUUGCCAAAUGUCAGGCUCGAAACCUUAAUGACUUGGAGAAGAUCUGCAAAGAGGAGUGGGACAAAAUCCCUCCUGAGAUGUGUGCAAACCUGCUGGCCAACUACAAGAAACGUCUGACCUCUGUGAUUGCCAAAAAGGGUUUUGCAAACAAGUACUAAGUCAUGUUUUGCAGAGGGGUCAAAUACUUAUUUCCCUAAUUAAAAUGCAAAUCAAUUUAUAACAUUUUUGACAUGCGUUUUUCUGGAUUUUUUUGUUGUUAUUCUGUCUCUCACUGUUCAAAUAAAUCUACCAUUAAAAUUAUAGACUGAUCAUGUCUUUGUCAGUGGGCAAACGUACAAAAUCAGCAGGGGAUCAAAUACUUUUUUCCCUCACUGUAGUUGGGUGGGCUAAUUACAGAUGGGCUGUGUACAGGUGCAGUGAUCGGUAAGCUGCUCUGACAACUGAUGCUUAAAGUUAGUGAGGGAGAUAAGUGUCACCAGCUUCAGAGUCAUUUGCAGCAGAGAACUGGAAGGAAUGGCGACCAAAGGAGGUGUUGGCUUUGGGGAUGACCAGUGAGAUAUACCUGCUGGAACGCAUACUAUGGGUGGGUGUUGCUAUGGUGACCAAUGAUCUAAGAUAAGGCAGGGAUUUGCCUAGAAGUGAUUUAUAGAUGACCUGGAGCCAGUGGGUUUGGCGACGAAUAUGUAGUGAGGGCCAGCCAACAAGAGCGUACAGGUCACAAUGGUGGGUAGUAUAUGGGGCUUUGGAGACAAAACGGAUGGCACUGUGAUAGACUACAUCCAAUUUGCUGAGUAGAUUGUUGGAGGCUAUUUUGUAAAUGACAUCGCCAAAGUCAAGGAUCGGUAGGAUAGUCAGUUUUACGAGGGCAUGUUUGGCAGCAUGAGUGAAGGAGGCUUUGUUGCAAAAUAGGAAGCCGAUUCUAGAUAUAACUUUGGAUUGGAGAUGCUUAAUGUGAGUCUGGAAGGAGAGUUUACAGUCUAACCAGACACCUAGGUAUUAGUAGUUGUCCACAUACUCUAGGUCAGACCCGCCGAGAGUAGUGAUUCUAGUCGGGCGGGCGGGUGCAAGCAGCGUUCGAUUGAAGAGCAUGCAUUUAGUUUUACUAGUGUUUAAGAGCAGUUGGAGGCUACGGAAGGAGUGUUGUAUGGCAUUGAAGCUCGUUUGGAGGUUUGUUAACACAGUGUCCAAUGAAGGGCCAGAUGUAUACAAAAUGGUGUCGUCUCCGUAGAGGUGGAUCUGAGAGUCACCAGCAGCAAGAGCGACAUCAUUGAUAUACACAGAGAAAAGAGUCGGCCCAAGAAUUGAACCCUGUGGCACCCCCAUAGAGACUGCCAUAGGUCCAGACAACAGGCCCUCCGAUUUGACACAUUGAAGUACACUGAAGUAGUUGGUGAACCAGGCGAGGCAGUCAUUUGAGAAACCAAGGCUAUUUAGUCUGCCAAUAAGAAUGCGGUGGUUGACAGAGUCAAAAGCCUUGGCCAGGUCGAUGAAGACGGCUGCACAGUACUGUCUAUUAUCGAUCGCGGUUAUAAUAUCGUUUAGGACCUUGAGCGUGGCUGAGGUGCACCCAUGACCAGCUCGGAAACCGGAUUGCAUAGCUGAGAAGGUAAGGUGUGAUUCGAAAUGGUCGAUGAUCUGUUUGUUAACUUGGCUUUCAAAAUCUUUCAAAAGGCAGGGCAGGAUGGAUAUAGGUCUGUAACAGUUUGGAUCUAGAGUGUCACCCCCUUUGAAGAGGGGGAUGACCGCGGCAGCUUUCCAAUCUCUGGGGAUCUCAGACGUUACGAAAGAGAGGUUGAACAGGCUAGUAAUAGGGGUUGCGACAAUUUCGGCGGCUAUAUUUAGAAAGAAAGGGUCCAGAUUGUCUAGCCCAGAUUACUUGUAGGGGUCCAGAUUUUUGCAGCUCUUUCAAAGCUCUACAUCAAGAUAGCUAGCUAAUGUGAAGUUAGGUAUUACUAUUUACCUGUGAAUAACCAGACCUUCGUACAAACUUGCUAUGCUGAAUUCUUGACGCACGAUCGAACGUGCUGCUACAUGAUGCCAAAUGCUACCAGCCACGCCCACAAGCCAGCCACUCUGGGCAGCUGUAGCGGCUCGAGGCAAUUUACUACAGGGGGCAUUACUAUUAUGUUCAGUUAGUCAAUCACCCUGUGAUGCUCUCUCUCUCUCUCUCUCUCUCUCUCUCUCUCAACAAUGCAGAGAAAGAAAUAUAAAUAGUGUAUAGGGACUUUAGUGGUCUAAUAAUUGGUGAUAAUUGUUGACUUCCUUAAUUAAUCUGCCUACUAUUUCAAAUGAAUAACGUUGUAUAAGGGCACCGGUAAUAAUUGUUUAUUCAAAGACAACAAUUAACUUGAAACUCUGAUUAGUAGUUUAGCCUCCGUUCAUCAAGUCUCAUAUCAACAAUCUUAAAGGAUACCUAAGGUUCUUUAAUUGUCUUAGAGCAUUUCUCUCUCUCUCUCUCUCUCAAAGUAUAACUCCCUCUCAAAGUAUAACUCCUUAUGUGUGUCCUCUCCUGGUCCUCUCAGGGCCGGGCACAAACCUUUCAGGUGAUAGGUGCUCAUAAUUAAUAUCUUGAAAUGUAUAACAUACCAAAUGCCUCUGUAGCUAACAUUUGAAAUUUUUUGAGCACAGGCCUAUUUAUUUAUACAAAAACACACUCACUCAUCAUCAAUCUAAUUAGCAAUCUAGUUAGUGCCUCCCAAAGACACUGUUGACAUUGGGAAAAGGGGGUGGGCUAUCAGGUGAUCAUUGAUUGAUGAUAGUUAGCUAGCUCAAUUUAUUUUAGUGAUCCUGAUUUACCUCUCUCUGUGUUACUUCUUCUCUCUUCUGCAGGUAUCAGCCAAGCAGACCGAAUAUUGAUGACGGUGUAGGCUAAAUCAUGUGUUAUCAAAUGUUAGUAAAAUGUUAUGCUGCUGUGGCAGUACGGUGUGAUAUUUAAACGAGGUAGCUAGCUACACACAUUCGACCGGUGACCGCAUCUCUCAAAACCAUGCGUGUUUGGAUACCGGGCAUGGGGAAAAAGGCGCAACCGGGCGCGGCGCGAGCUCAGUACAGGGCAGACCAACCGGGCGCGGCGCGAGCUCAGAACAGGGCAGACCAACGGGGUGGGGGGGAUAGCGAACUUGACGAGGACUUGGGGGCAGUGGGUUCCAAACAAUAACGAUCCCAAAAAUUAUAACCCAAAAAUAUUUUUGGGGAAAUUACACCACCACCCAAAAGAGAACUUUGGAGACUGGAGACAAAGGGGCAUGUGCUCUGUCUGCACAUGUAGAGCCCUGUCUGUGCACGUUCAUGGUCCCUCUACAUCUCUGUCUGUAUGUGACUAGAAGCCAAUGCUUGUCGUGAUAUAACAAUGCUUGUCGUGAUAUAAGCGUCAUCAAAUUAGAAACGUCUCCUUCUGCUGGACGCAGGUUGUUAUUUACUGGGAUGAAUCUUGCUCUGGAGGCAGCUCUGCAGAGCCACAAAGUCAUAACAUCUUAUUUUAAACCUAACCAUUAACCAUAACCAUACUGCUAACCCUAAUGCCUAAUCCUAAACUUAAUCCUAAACUUAAAUUAAGACCAAAAAGCUCAUUUUUGUUUUCAUGAAUCUUCAUGAUAAUUUUGACAAUUUUGGCUUCUAUCGGAAAUCGCUCAGUUCUGCCUCCGGGGCAAGAUUCGUGACAGCAAACGUCAACCUGUGCUUUUUCACUGAAUGUGAUGACGACACACGGUAAAGCCAUGCGUCACUUGGGGUGUGAGAUGACGUAAGACAAACACAUGAUGGCUUGUUAUUGAUUAGCCAACAGUGACCAUGCAUGGUGAGUAGUGCAGUAUGCUCACAAGGAGUCGGUGAACCAGAAGGUUAUUUCUGAUGAAUUAACUAACACCAUGGGGUAACGGGUGGAGUUUCAAGUUUGGGGAAGAUAAUUUUUUCAAACAUAUAAAUAUGCACCUUUAUAAUAAAGCAUUCCAUGCAUCAUUGCAUUUGCAGACUUACGUCAGAUAGUCUACUAUUGAUAAUGUGGUGAGUAGAUUGGAUAGUCAUAGUUUAGGCUAAUAAUAGAACUCAAUCACUGUGGUCUUCUGUAGCUCAGCUGGUAGAGCACGGCGCUUGUAACGCCAAAGUAGUGGGUUCGAUCCCCGGGACCACCCAUACACAAAAAUUUAUGCACGCAUGACUGUAAGUCGCUUUGGAUAAAAGCGUCUGCUAAAUGGCAUAUUAUUAUUAUUAUUACUGUCCACAAAAAAAUAAUGUUCAAUGCAUGGCUGAGCGCACAUAGCAUAGAGUAGACUUGGGCUAUAGGCUAUAUCAGAUACGUUUCUUCUUUCUUUGGUGGAGUUCGUUUCGCAUCGCCCGGUGCCCCAGGUGGGUGGAGAUUUCACUUAAAUCUAAUGGUCUGAAAUGAGAAAACGGCAGGGCACAGGGCCAUGUAAAACAAACCCGCGUUCUCUCUGCAUCUCCGCCAAUCUGUCUCCCAUCACCUCGGUCCACACUGGGCGCGUUCUCUCCACAGCUCCACCAAUCUGUCUCCCAUCACCUUGUUGUUGUUGUUGUUGUUGUUGUUGUUGUUGCUUUCCUCUUCACCAUCAUUGUUUUGGUCUCACAUGCUGCGUGCUCAUUGUCAGCUGUCCUUGCCCAAUCGCAUCAUUGAGCUAACAUUGACGACAUGCAUGUCAGUCUCUCCUGGCUCAGAGUGGAAGAGAGAUUGACUUCAUCACUGCUUGUUUUUGUGAGAGGUGUCUACGAUCUGAAUGUACCCGAGCUGUCUGUUUGGAAUACUGGCACACAGUAUGCAUAACCCACAAGACAUGCCUCCAGAGGUCUCUUCACAGUCCCCAAGUCCAGAACGGACUAUGGGAGGCGCACAGUACUACAUAGAGCCAUGACUACAUGGAACUCUAUUCCACAUCAGGUAACUGAUGCAAGCAGUAGAAUCAGAUUUAAAAAACAGGUAAAAAUACACCUUGUGGAACAGCGGGGACUGUCAAGAGACACACACAGGUACAUACACACAUACAUAUAGACACUCACUCUACACACACGUACACAUGGAUGUUGUAUUGUAAAUAUGUGAUAGUGGAGUAGUGGCCUGAGGGAACACACUAAAUGUAUUAAGUGUUAUGAAAUAUAAUGUAAUGUAAUAUUUUUAAUUGUAUAUAACUGCCUUAAUGUUGUUGGACCCCAGGAAGAGUAUCUGCUGCCUUGGCAGGAACUAAUGGAGAUCAAUAAUAAAUACAAAUACAAAUAGCACUGCUCUUACUACAAGAUGCAUGACAAAAAAUGGUCAGAAAAUUAUGGGGACAUGUGACAGGGGUCUGGAUCAGUAGCGGUGCGUGGGUAAAAUCACCAAGCUAUUCCAGGGGGGGAAAAAGCCAUAUUACAACCUACAGUGGGGAGAACAAGUAUUUGAUACACUGCCGAUUUUGCAGGUUUCCCUACUUACAAAGCAUGUAGAGGUCUGUAAUUUUUAUCAUACAUUUACAUUUACAUUUAAGUCAUUUAGCAGACGCUCUUAUCCAGAGCGACUUACAGUAUAGUCACAUUAUUAUUAUACUUUAUUUUUUAUUUUUCAAACCCCCUGUGGGAAUCGAACCCACAACCCUGGCGUUGCAAACGCCAUGCUCUAUCAACUGAGCUACAUCCCUGCCGGCCAUUCCCUCCCCUACCCUGGACGACGCUGGGCCAAUUGCGCGCCGCCCCAUGGAUCAUAGGUACACUUCAAUUGUGAGAGACGGAAUCUAAAACAAAAAUCCAGAAAAUCACAUUGUAUGAUUUUUAAGUAAUUAAAAUAUAACUAUAAUUUGUAAAAUUUUAUAGUACAAAUUAUUUUAUUUUUAGUAUUAUUUGUUACUAUAAUAACAACCUAUGUGUUGUGAUAAUUGCGUUGUUUGCUCUAUAACCUGUUAGUUUAUGUGCCUUGACACCGUGAUCUAAAGGCAGAGACAAUAAGAAUAAAUUCAACCACACCUUUGUUUAAUCACAAAGCCGGAGAGCAACAUCUGUCCGGUGGAGUCCACAAAGCCUAUUGGAUGAAACAAACAGUUACAUGACCUACAGCACGGUCAAGGAAGUUCAUGUUUCUGACGUUUUCGGACCACUAAACAACUAUUGAUUUAGAACAGAGUUACCGGAAGUCGCAAAGAAAACAGGAGAUAUGCCUCCACUAUUCCAGCAACAUUUCAACAUCAUCAAAUCACCGACUGUAUGCUUAGUUUAAUACAGUGACAACUAAAUGAUUCCAAAAACAAUUUAGUCCAAUCAACGUAAGCGUGGCUGUCCAUGGUACGGAUUUCUCUGAAUGUGUGUGUGUGUGUGCUUAAGUAGAAAAAACAUGUUGACUCACCCUACUUGUAGAGAAACGCCAACGCCGUCCUCCUCUCUUUCAUGUUCCCGAAACUUCUAUGACUCUGUCAUACAGUACACUGUAGUGUAUUAGGAUUAUGUCUUUGUUAAUGGUUUUUUAAGUGGAACUGAAAGAAUGUUGUUUAUGUUAGUUCAAAAGUAGCCAGUUGUAGGGUGACGCCCCAGGGGAGACAGGUGAUUGGACAGCAGGGGGAGCAACCCAUAUUUUCACAUUGUUUAUAAGUAUAUGCUGGAGGGAUAGGGGGCAGAGCAGCCAUUACAAUUCGAGGACACUGCUCUCCGGAUGUCAUGACAUCUGUCACUUAUGCUGAAGCUUGUGAUAUGAAUAAACCUUAUGAUCCAAGUUCAGUAUGAGCAGACUCCUUUGUUUAUCAGCAAUAAUUGCCAUCAUUCACCCGAUACGACAACACGCUUUUAAUUUUUUGUUGUCUUAGGCUACAUGGCUAAAAUGCUUGCUCGCUAGCCUAACUUCCUUUCAUGGGCAACUAUGAGCCAGCUAGUUAACAUUAGCCUACUACAUCUAGCUACAUAUUGAACGUCCAUCCUCUCAGGCCAGAUACACAAUGUAUGCAUUUAUGGUUGGAUCAGAAUUGCCGUUAUAAUCAUUGGCCAGUACGGAUAAUUAAAUUAAACCACAAGUUGAAAUCCCUAUCUCCACCCAUGGCUAAAUUGGGAAAGGGACAAUUUUAGCUAGCUGGCUAGCCACCAGAGGACAACCAGAUGCAACAAUUCAAGUUAUUUUCUGUCAAUGAUGUUUGGCUUUUGAUGUGAUGUGAUUGGCUCAUUGUUCUAUCUGUGUGAUUGGUGUGAAGCCAAAUCCAAACUGGCUUCCCGUGACAGUUUUAUUUUUGGUGCGCCAGGACCAUUCACAGUUGAGCUCACUCAGUUUAGCUAUUGGCUAUUAUUGUAUAUUUUUUUUAUCAAGGGAGGCCAAAUGCUCGCUAGCUUCGCUUGCAUUCAAUGCUACGGGCGGCAACAAUGUCAUACUCUUUUUGACCAGACAGCAUCAGAUAGAUGGGCCACACAUACAGAGACAGAGGGGGCGCUGUUUCACUCCCUCGGAUGCUUUCUCCGCGGAGAUACAGUACCAGUCAAAGGUUUGGACACAUCAACUCAUUCAAGGGUUUUUCUUUAUUUUUUACUAUUUUUUACAUUGUAGAAUAAUAGUGAAGACAUUAAAAACGAUGAAAUAACACAUAUGGAAUCAUGUAGUAACCAAAAAAGUGUUUAACAAAUCAAAAUAUAUUUUAUAUUUGAGAUUCUUCAAAUAGUUACCCUUUGCUGCUUUGAUGACAGCUUUGCACACUCUUGCCAUUCUCUCAACCAGCUUCAACUGGAAUGAUUUUCCAUACAGUCUUGAUGGAGUUCCCACAUUUGCUGAGCAUUUGUUGGCUGCUUUUCCUUCACUAUGUGGUCCGACUCAUCCCAAACCAUCUCAAUUGGGUUGAGGUCAGGGGAUUGUGGAGGCCAGGUCAUCUGAUGCAGCACUCCAUCACUCUCCUUCUUGGUAAAAUAGCCCUUACACAGCCUGGAGGUGUGUUGGGUCAUUGUCCUGUUGAAAAACAAAUGAUAGUCCCACCAAGCCCAAACCAGAUGGGAUGGCGUAUCGCUGCAGAAUGCUGUGGUAGCCAUGCUGGUUAAGUGUGCCUUGAAUUCUAAAUAAAUCAUAGACAGUGUCACCAGCAAAGCACCCCCACACCAUAACACCUUCUCCUCCAUGAUUUACGGUGCGAACUACACAUGCGGAGAUCAUCCGUUCACCUACACAGCGUCUCACAAAGACACAGCGGUUGGAGCCAAAAAUCUCCAAUUUGGACUCCAGACCAAAGGACAUAUUUCCACCGGUCUAAUGUCCAUUGUUUGUGUUUCUUGGCCCAAGCAGGUCACUUCUUCCUAUUGGUGUCCUUUAGUAGUGGUUUCUUUGCAGCAAUUCGACCAUGAAGGCCUGAUUCACACAGUCCCCUCUGAACAGCUGAUGUUGAGAUGUGUCUGUUACUUGAUCUCUGUGAAGCAUUUAUUUGGGCUGCAAUUUCUGAGGCUGGUAACUCUAUUGAACUUAUCCUCUGCAGCAGAGGUAACUCUGGUUCUUCCAUUCCUGUGGUGGUCCUCAUGAGAGCCAGUUUCAUCAUAGUGCUUGAUGGUUUUUGCCACUGCACUUGAAGAAACUUUCAAAGUUCUUAAAAAUUUUCCAGAUUGCGGGACAGGAUGGCAACAACAACUGCCCGAGUUACACCAGGAACGCACAAUCCCUCCAUCGGUGCUCACACUGUCCGCAAUAGGCUGAGAGAGGCUGGACUGAGGGCUUGUAGGCCUGUUGUAAGGCAGGUCCUCACCAGACAUCACCGGCAACAACGUCGCCAAUGGGCACAAACCCACCGUCGCUGGACCAGACAGGACUGGCAAAAAGUGCUCUUCACUGACGAGUCGCGGUUUUGUCUCACCAGGGGUGAUGGUCGGAUUCACGUUUAUCGUCGAAGGAAUGAGCGUUACACCGAGGCCUGUACUCUGGAGCGGAAUCGAUUUGGAGGUGGAGGGUCCGUCAUGGUCUGGGGCGGUGUGUCACAGCAUCAUCGGACUGAGCUUGUUGUCUUUGCAGGCAAUCUCAACGCUGUGCGUUACAGGGAAGACAUCCUCCUCCCUCAUGUGGUACCCUUCCUGCAGGCUCAUCCUGACAUGACCCUCCAGCAUGACAAUGCCACCGGGCCAUACUGCUCGUUCUGUGCAUGAUUUCCUGCAAGACAGGAAUGUCAGUGUUCUGCCAUGGCCAGCGAAGAGCCCGGAUCUCAAUCCCAUUGAGCACGUCUGGGACCUGUUGGAUCAGAGGGUGAGGGCUAGGGCCAUUCCCCACAGAAAUGUCUGGGAACUUGCAGGUGCCUAGGUGGAAGAGUGGGGUAACAUCUCACAGCAAGAACUGGCAAAUCUGGUGCAGUCCAUGAGGAAGAGAUGCACUGCAGUACUUAAUGCAGCUGGUUGGCCACACCAGAUACUGACUGUUACUUUUGAUUUUGACCUCCCCGUUGUUCAGGGACACAUUAUUCAAUUUCUGUUAGUCACAUGUCUGUGGAACUUGUUCAGUUUAUGUCUCAGUUGUUGAAUCUUGUUAUGUUCACACAAAUAUUUACACAUGUUUAGUUUGCUGAAAAUAAAUGCAGUUGACAGUGAGAGGACGUUUCUUUUUUUGCUGAGUUUAGUUAGCUAGCUCUCUCACAAGACAGGCCAAGUUAGCUGCAUUGUUGCUUGCAUACGAUUGGCUGUGGUCUCCAAACACUAAUGAAAGCAUGAUGUUAGCAUGAAAUGUACCAUCCCUUAGUGUAGCAAUCAAUAAAAAUGUAUGCGCUGAUCCAUAAUGGGCUCUGCCACCUCAGCCAUACUGUCAAAUCUAUCAUCAAUACGUCCACUCCUAUUUAUAGAGUUUAUCUUGUAACAAACAACUUGUGUUAUGUUGUGAUCACAAGAAAAUUGUCUUGUGAUCUCGACAAAACUAGGGAAUAUUUUUUUUUUGUUUGUCAUAUGUCCUCUCUGGACUUCUGUAGAUCCUAGCCCAACUUCAUAAGGAUCAUGAACAUUCGUCUUGGAGGGCAGAAGAUAGGCUGUACUGUUGUUCGCUGAAUUAAGUUGAUCAUUUUGAUAGCUACAAGACAGAUAAGAGUAUUUUUUAUUGUCUUCUCUUUACAGCAGCAGCCAUUUUUGGUUUCCAAACGAGGUUUUCCUGCGAUUAUAUUUUGAAUUAUUGUGAUAUGUCUGGCUAGGCCUCUACCUUUUCACUGACAGUCGCAAGUCAACAAUCAAGUAAUUGAUAUUUGCAGCGCGGCCUGUCCAAAAUUGCGAAUUCUGCCUUUCCUUCCGACUGUAGACAACGCAAAUUUUAAAACAAUCCACAACUAAUUAUCCUCUGUGGCCAAAUCUGUGGCUUUGGUAGCCUAUUUUGGACGAUUGAAUGUAUUUCUGUAUAGACAGGAGUAGGAUAAUUAGGCUGUAUCAUUUUGGCAAUUAAAUUGACUUUAGGGAAAGCUUAGCUUCCUCUGGUCGUAUGGCUGACAUUGAAAAGAGCUAGGCUUGGUAUGAGGCGUGUGAGAAAGCCAGUAAAACAGAGGAGAGAGAGAUUAAGAUGAAGUAAAACAUGGUGCAUUCUUAGAAAUAGAUUAACGAAUAAAUGAGUGAAUGAGCCAUAAGCCAAAAGAGAGAGUGAGAGUCAGAGACGCCAAUAUCAUUUGUCAGAACAGAGUGUGAUUGUUUUAUAAUUUUAUUGAAUAGAUUUGUAGUAGUAUCAAAGAGUUACUGUUCAUAUGUACAAAACAAAUAAAUGUAAAUAAGUAUACAGAUCUUAAUUUUACAAGUUUCUCACAGCAGGAAAAUAAUCCUGCAGCAACAGGAAAUGUAAGUUAGUGUGUCGAUUAUAAUGAAUUGACAUUUUUGUAGGGGUUGACAAAUUUUUUUGUUAGGGCAAAUCAAGUCUGAAAUCUUAAAGUGGAUAUUACACAUUUAAGAAUAAUUUUUAAACCUUGAAUACACUAAAAGUUAGCAUUACUGCUGCACAGGCCAUUUCAAUAACAGGGUGAUCAAAUUAAGAUGACAUUUACUUUAGUUCCUUCUCAGGCAAUGCAAUUCCACUUGUUACUCCAAGACACAGAUCUAGGAUCAAGGCCCGUAUUCACAAAGAGUCUCAGAGUAGGAGUGAGUAGUGAGUGAGUAGUGAGUGAGUAGUGAGUGAGUAGUGAGUGAGUGAGUAGUGAGUGAGUGAGUAGUGAGUGAGUGAGUAGUGAGUGAGUAGUGAGUGAGUAGUGAGUGAAUAGUGAGUGAUAGUGAGUGAGUAGUGAGUGAGUAGUGAGUGAGUGAGUAGUGAGUGAGGUAGUGAGUGAGUUGAGUAGGAGUGAGUGGUGAGUGUGAGUGAGUGAGUGAGUGAGUAGUGAGUGGAGUAGGCGUGAGUAGUGGAGUGAGAGUGAGGUAGUGAGUGAGUAGUGACGUGAGUAGUGAGUGAGUAGUGAGUGAGUGAGUGAGUGAGUGGUGAGUGUGGUGAGUGGUGUGAGUGAGUCAGUUGAUGACGUAGUGCAGCUGAUGUAGCAGUGCUGUGAUAGUGCAGUAUCGUGAUGUACUGAUGUGGUGAGUAUUCGGUUAGUACGUUGACUGAUUAGUAGUGAGUGACGUAGUGAUGAGUGAUAGUGAUAGUGAGUUGCUGUCAGGAUCAGUAAGUUAUCUAGACAUGAUUAGGAUCAGUCACUUGCAUGUCCUCACACAGAUGCUUGUGAUAUUAGGCAAGUUUACCUUCCCCAGGUCCUAACUUACUCCUAGACACUGAUUUAGGGUCAGUUUACCUUCCCCAGGUCCUAACUUACUCCUAGACACUGAUUUAGGGUCAGUUUACCUUCCCCAGGUCCUAACUUACUCCUAGACACUGAUUUAGGGUCAGUUUACCUUCCCCAGGUCCUAACUUACUCCUAGACACUGAUUUAGGGUCAGUUUACCUUCCCCAGGUCCUAACUUACUCCUAGACACUGAUUUAGGGUCAGUUUACCUUCCCCAGGUCCUAACUUACUCCUAGACACUGAUUUAGGGUCAGUUUACCUUCCCCAGGUCCUAACUUACUCCUAGACACUGAUUUAGGGUCAGUUUACCUUCCCCAGGUCCUAACUUACUCCUAGACACUGAUUUAGGGUCAGUUUACCUUCCCCAGGUCCUAACUUACUCCUAGACACUGAUUUAGGGUCAGUUUACCUUCCCCAGGUCCUAACUUACUCCUAGACACUGAGUUAGGGUCAGUUUUUCCUUCCCCAGGUCCAACUACUCCUAGACACUUGAUUUAGGGCAGUUUACCUUCCCCAGGGCCGUAACUUACUCCUAGACCAAUGAUUUAGGGUCAGUUUACAUUUCCCCAGGUCCUAACUUACUAUAGGAACUGAUUGAGGGUCAGUUUACCUUCCCAGGUCCUAACUUACUCCUAGACCACUGAUUUAGGGUCAGUUUACCUUCCCCAGUCCUAACUUACUCCUGACACUGAUUUAGGGUCAGUUUACCCUUCCCCAGGUCCUAACUUACUCCUAGACACUGAUUUAGGGUCAGUUUACCUUCCCCAGGUCCUAACUUACUCCUAGACACUGAUUUAGGGUCAGUUUUACCUUCCCCAGGUCCUAACUUACUCCUAGACACUGAUUUAGGGUCAGUUUACCUUCCCCAGGUCCUAACUUACUCCUAGACACUGAUUUAGGGUCAGUUUACCUUCCCCAGGUCCUAACUUACUCCUAGACACUGAUUUAGGGUCAGUUUACCUUCCCCAGGUCCUAACUUACUCAUAGACACUGAUUUAGGGUCAGUUUACCUUCCCCAGGUCCUAACUUACUCAUAGACACUGAUUUAGGGUCAGUUUACCUUCCCCAGGUCCUAACUUACUCAUAGACACUGAUUUAGGGUCAGCUUACCUUCCCCAGGUCCUAUCCUUAACAUACACAUACAGUACAGCUCUGACCGUAACCAUUAGAGGAGAAAAAAGCAACAAACUGAAAGCAGAAGUGCUAUAGAAUGUCCCGGAUAGAAAUGUCCCACCAGCCUUCUGAGUUAUUAAAGUACACGCAGAGUAAAUGGUAGAGAGAAUUUAUGACUGUUGAGGUUAAUUAAAGUCAAUUCCAUUCAAACUGUAUUGCUGUUGGUGGCAGACAGUAGUAUAUAACCCACUGUAUUGCUGUUGGUGUACAAAACAUUAAGAACACCUUCCUAAUAUUGAGUUGCCUCCCCCCCCUCAAUUUGUCGCGGCAUAGACUCUACAAGAUGCCGAAAGCAUUCCACAGGGAUGCUGGCCCAUGUUGACUGGAUGUAAUUGUGUGGUGGACCAUUCUUGAUUGACACGGGAAACUGUUGAGCGUGAAAAACCCAGCAGCGUUGCAGUUCCUGACUCAAACCGGUGCGCCUGGCAGCAUACCCCAUUCAAAGGCACAUAAAUAUUUUGUCUUGCCCAUUCAUCCUCUGAAUGGCACACAUACACAAUCCAUGUCUCAAUUGUCUCAAGGCUUCAACAUCCUUCUUUAACCGGUCUCCUCCCCUUCAUCUACACUGAUUUGAAGUGGAUUUAACAAGUGACAUCAAUAAGGGAUCAUAGCUUUCACCUGGUCAGUCUAUAUCAUGGAAAGAGCACGUGUUCUUAAUGUUUUGUACACUCAAUAUAUAAUCCACUGUAUUGCUGUUGGUGGCAGACAGUAGUAUAUAAUCCACUGUAUUGUUGGUGGCAGACAGUAGUAUAUAAUCCACUGUAUUGCUGUUGGUGGCAGACAGUAGUAUAUAAUCCACUGUAUUGUUGGUGGUGGCAGACAGUAGUAUAUAAUCCACUGUAUUGGUGGUGGCAGACAGUAGUAUAUAAUCCACUGUAUUGCUGGUGGUGGCAGACAGUAGUAUAUAAUCCACUGUAUUGCUGGUGGCAGACAGUAGUAUAUAAUCCACUGUAUUGUUGGUGGUGGCAGACAGUAGUAUAUAAUCCACUGUAUUGUUGGUGGUGGCAGACAGUAGUAUAUAAUCCACUGUAUUGUUGGUGGUGGCAGACAGUGGUAAAUCCAACCCGUGUCACUGUCAACUAGUCCGUUUUCUGCUCUGUGCUGCUGUCCUUGUAGAGCAGUGGUUUCCAACCAGGGGGAACUUGGCCUAUCCACAGAGGGUACUUACCCAUGAGGUACUUCAGGGGCACUCCGGGCAGAGCAAAAUUCAGUUGGCGCUACAGUAACUGAGAAAGGUUGGGAACCACUUGCUGAAGAGUACUCUGCUCUGUGCUGCUGUCCAGAAGAGGAGCUUCCGAUCCCCUCCCCUAGUGUCUCUCUCGUAGCCUGUACCCCCCCCCCCCCCCCCCCCCGCUCCCCAUUUUAGGUAAUCCACCAUAGAAAGCAGUUUUAAUCCAAAAAACGAGGAGAUGCUGAAUGAUCUCCCCUUUCUUUCCUUAUAUUAUAUACAGCCUCAGGUCUACGAGACCUCCAGCAGGUGGAACCCUCCGUUGGCCUCUCGUUGUGUCUCUCUCUUCCUGGUCUGGACCAGGGUAAAGACCAGAGCAGACAGAGUGUUCCUCCCCAGGCCCAAACCCCCGCGGUUCACACUGCGCUCCACGCAGCUGGAACACGACUCGCGGCUCCUCACGAAGUACGUCUUGACGUUCCCCUGCCGCUCGCUCACACCCUUCACGUAGAUCUCCCCCCUCAGCUCCCGAACGAAGCCACGCUCCGCCAGGACAUGACUGGUACUCUCUGGGACCUGGGACAAACACACACACACACACACACACACACACACCACACACACACACAGAAGUUGUCAUAAAGCGCCGCACAUUAACCCACACAUUAACACGCCAAACCUCUGUUACACGCCAGCCCGCACACGCCAGCCCGCCCCCACCCAGCCACCCACACACAGUCCUACCUGUAUGCGUCCACUGACCCCGGUGCUGUCCAUACGGCUGGCCAGGUUGACUGUCAUUCCCCAGAUAUCAUACUGAGGCUUAGUGGCUCCUAUCACCCCAGCCACCACUGGACCAUGAGCUAUGCCUACACACAAAGGUCAGAGGUCAAGGUGUGUGUGUGUGUGUGUGGGGGGGUUUGUGUUCUCACCAACACGGAGCUGGAAGCUGUUCCCAGAGUGUGUGUGUUUGUGUUCUCACCAACACGGAGCUGGAAGCUGUUCCCAGAGUGUGUGUGUUUGUGUUCUCACCGACACGGAACUGGAAGCUGUUCCCAGAGUGUGUGUGUUUGUGUUCUCACCAACACGGAGCUGGAAGCUGUUCCCAGAGUGUGUGUUGAUUCGUUUGAGCGUCUCCUGCAUUUCCAGGGCAAACAGCACCAGCUCACUGAGGUGACGCCACUCAUCCUCACACUCCUACACACGCACACGCACAUGCUCACGCACGCACACGCACACACGCACACGCACACGCACACGCACACGCACACGCACACACACACACAUACACACACACACACACACACACACACACACACACACAGAUCUUAUUACUAUUCCUACAAAUUCAACUCAAAUGUAAAGUCGAAGUCUACUUUGAACAGAAGGAAGCCAAGCGCUGAUGGACACGUGACUAAAAGACACUAAACGGGAUCGAAUUGAAGGUCAGUCAAUUCAGGAAGUAAACUGAAAUUACAUUUACAUUUUAGUCAUUUAGACAACGACUACAGGCGCUACGUUAGUGAAUACAUGUUUUUAUUUUUAUACUGCCCCACGUGGGAAUCGAACCGACCUGGCGUUGCAACGCCAUGUUACAAUGGCUCAUCCUGCCAGUGCAUUCAAAUCCCUACCCUGGAAUCUGGGCCAAAUUGCGCCGCCAAGAGUCUCUGAGUCGCAGGCCCUGCGACAAGCGAUUGAACAGGUCUCUAGUGACCGUUAGCACUGGAUGGCUGCUUAGAACGCGCCAUCAGGAGUCAAUCAAUAAUUGAAAAAGGGCCAAUGGUUCAAUGUCUUUUCGAUAAACUGAAAACGACACUCUUUAUUUUUUUUACAAAUGUGUCAAUUUCUGUAGUUUAAAUUCAAAUCACUUCCUGAAUUGACUGCCUUAAAUUGAAAUUGAGUCCAACCCUGGGACACUAAGAGGGCUGCUGACCUGUUGAUGGGGAGAGAGGCCAGAAGCAGCCAUGUAACAGCUGCCAAUGGUUUUGAUUUUCUCAAUGUCCUGGAAAUAUGUAUCAUCUAAUAACUAGAGACAGAGAGAGAGAGAUAGACAAACAGAGACAGUGAGAGACAGAGAGAGACAGUGAGAAACAGAGAGAGACAGUGAGAGACAGUGAGAGACAGAGAGCGACAGUGAGCGACAGUGAGAGACAGAAAGAGCGCGAGAGACAGAAACAGAGCGAGAGGUGGUUAUUUGAGAAAACAAAUCAAUUGUACGCUGGUAAUUUAUCACAGAGAAAUUGUGUGUGUAGGCAGCGUGUGAGUCAGUGUGUUGAUUUGAAUCGAACCUCGUCAAAGUCAGCUAUGAUCUCAUUGAGAAGUCGUAGACACUCCACAUCCUGAUGGAUCAACUCUUUCUGUUCAUAGUAGUCUGUAAACCCGGGGAUGGACGCAAACAUCACCCCCACACGCUCAUAGGACUGGGAGUACAGGUCCUACACACACACACACACACACACAGUCAUGUAAACAUUAAGAUUGUCUUCUCUAGGACUGAGGACAGAGACCCAACAAAACACACGCGCACACCUCAUUAUGGCGGUCUCUCUCCAGGAAGUGCUGUGCGACGUGUGAAGGCAGAAUGUUGAAGAGUAAACACUCAUUGUGUUCCCUCAGCUCCUUCAUGUCCUCCACUUCCUGUCUGGCCUGCAGACGCCAGAGGAAGUCCAGCCGCGCCGUCGCCUCCAACUGGACAGUAGGGGAACAACAACCAUCACAUGGAGUAGGGUAGGUGAAGGGAGGAGUAGGGAGGAGAGAGGAGGAGAGAGGAGAGAGGAGGAGAGAGGGAGGAGUAGGAGGGAGGAGGGAGGAGAGGGAGGAGUAGGGAGGAGAGAUGAGGAGUAG